AUGUUCAACCUAUUCUAUAUCCUGUUCUGCGCUCUUACCAUCUCUGCUUUUGCUGCUCCAUUAACUGAAAUGGAAGCAAAUGCGGAGCUACUAGCUUCCGGAAUGACUCAAGGCAGUAUUGAUGGACUGGAUGCAUUGAGCAAAAAGUUCGCGACCGGAUUCCCAUUGGUCAAGUCCGACAAAGAAGCAACCGAUAAAUUCAUCGCCGAGUUUAGAAGAGAUUCGGAGAAGUACAUCAAAUCCAUGCCUGCAAAUGACAAAACCAUCUACAGCAAUUAUUUGAAGAAACAUGGACUUGAUUAA